AUGGGCUUCUCGGUCGCCGACUGCGAGUACGCGCUCGGCCAUUCGCUCGGCCAGUUCUCGGCGCUCGUGGCCACCGACGCCAUGCGCUUCGCCGACGCUGUCAAGCUCGUGCACUACCGCGGCAAGGCCAUGAUGCAGGCCAUGGAAGGUGCGUCGGAUCCAGGUGCGAUGGCUGCCCUCUUGCCUGCGACCGCCGAGACAGCCGACGCGAUCUGCGCCCGCGCCCAGAAAGAGACCGGUCUCGUUUGCCAGGUCGCCAACUACAAUUCGUGCAAGCAGGUCGUCAUUAGCGGUAACGCUGUGGCCGUCGACGCAGCGAUCAAGAUGGCCAAGGAGUUCAAGGUGCGCCGCGCUGUGCUGCUCGACGUCAGUGCUCCGUUUCAUUGCGCGCUCAUGCAGCCGGCGGCCGACAUGCUGGCACGCGCCCUCGAGAAGAUCAAGUUCAGCGAGCCGUCGAUCCCCGUCAUCUGCAACGUCACGGCCGAGACGUUGGCAGUCGAGGACAUGCGCGCGCGCUUGAGCUGGCAGGUCGUGGCCCCCGUCAAGUGGAGCCAAAGCGUCGACUUUUGUCUGCACCACAACGCGCCGCAGUUCCUCGAGCUUGGCUACGGCGGCGUGCUCACAGGCCUCAUCUCCCAGCACUCCAAGGACGCCAGCUGCCUGUCGCUGGGCACCAUGGUAGAACUCGAAGCCUUCAUGGCUGCCAAGUAGACAUGGCGCGGAUAGCAUGUCAACUCGACGUUUAUGUGAUUGCGCAGA